AUGUCACUUCCUGAUGCAGAAAGUGAACUACAAGCCCAUCUUGGUGACUGUUUUGCAGAUGCCAACUGGAGACCAGCACUCAAAGCUGUCAUGGAUGCUGAGGGAGAUAUGGAUCUUGCUUUGAGGGCAGUCAAUUCACUCGAGAAGGCUGCAUUUGGACGUACUGGUCUCAAACUUCAAAUUCCUGCAUGUCAACAAAAACUAGCUCAACUC